AUGCAGGCACGUGCUGGACAAGUAAGCCUCUACGAGCCUACCCCUGGCGAGGUUGUCAAUGGGACUUCUACGGCUGCAAGCGACAACGAAGGGGGUAGUCCAGUAAUUCCUGUUGAUAGUAUUGAACAAUACAAAGCAGCUAAAUCGGCUUCGAAUGAAAAACGGGCUGAGGGUUCAAAGGAUGGCAAAACCGAUGAGAAGAAGGAAGAGUCCAAAGAAGAAUCAAAGGACAAGGCAAAAGAGGAGGCAAAGCCGGGAGAGGAUGAGAAGAAGAAAAAAGAAUCUAACGAGCCUUCUAAUACGCCGGAAAAGAAAUGAAAGGAAGAAGAUAAAAAAGGAAAUUGUUGAUAAAUUUGUAUGUAUAAAUAUGUAGGAUUGUAAAUAAUAUUCUUAUUGUUGUAGGUCAUAAUAUAAAUAUUGUGUUUCAU